AUGUUGGAUAACAAGCAGGAGUACUUGCAGGAGCACAACAUUGCGCAGCUCAUGGACAGCAUCCUGCGCAACAUCCUGCAGGAUCUCCCGGAAAGCCCAACCAAGUACAUCCACGACCUUCUGGAGCGCCCAAUUCCGCCGCAGAUCAUCAUCGCAGGGCCCCCUGGCAGUGGGAAAGGCACGCAAUGUCAAGCCAUUGUAGAACGUUUUGGGGUUGUGCACAUUUCUUCCGGGGAUCUGCUGCGUGCGGAGGUGGCAGCAGGAACCGAGGCAGGAAAGAUGGCGGAGUCCUUCAUUCACAGCGGUCAGCUGGUUCCCAACAGGCUCGUCACAGGCAUGGUUCGCAGGAGGCUGGAAAGCGAUGACGUCAAGGAGCAUGGCUGGCUACUUGACGGGUUUCCCCGCUGCAAGGAGCAGGCAGAGGCGCUGGAGGCGGCAGGCAUCGUCCCGCACGUCUUUAUUUUGUUGACGGUUGACGACGCAGUCGUCCUUGAGCGCAUCGAGAACCGCCGCACGGAUCCGGCUACGGGUAAUGUGUACCACCUGUUGUAUAACCCGCCCCCGCCUGAAGACGCCGCCCUGUGCGAUCGCCUCAUCCAACGCGAUGAUGACCACCGCAGCACUGUUCUCUCUCGGCUGAAGGUUUAUCACGAGACGAUCCGUGGCCUCAAGGAGCACUAUGGAACUGUGGUCGAAACCGUGGAUGGCGAAGCAAGCAUCAAGCACGUCAUGGAGGGUGUUCUCGCAGCAGUGGAAAAACGACGUCUCAAGUAG